CUGACUAUAAGAAAAAACAUGAACAUUUAAGGACCGUGUGUCGGAUCGACAUGGUUUGGUCGUGGAUAAAGGGUUAAUGAAAAGUGUUUGCUUGCUGGAACAGACAUCCGAAAGGCAACCUCUUGUUCACGGAACUCUUUCCCCGGACCUCACCAGCUCUUCAUGUUCCACAGAUCCACACUCGUGAGUUCAUAGCCCUCAGAUGCUCCUGGUAACUGUGUCGAGCUGAAGAAGAAGACCCUUACGUUUCCUUCCUUAUCAUUUUUUAAAGUUGUGCCAACCAUGGCGAAGAGUGGAUAUGGCUACUACCGCGCUACUAUAUUCCUGGCCAUGUUUGUGGGCUACACCCUGUAUUACUUUAACCGGAAGACAUUUUCCUUCGUGAUGCCCUCUGUAAUGCAGGAGAUCCCGCUGGAUAAGGAUGAUCUGGGUCUUAUCACUAGCAGUCAGUCGCUGGCCUAUGCCAUUAGCAAGUUCAUAAGCGGUGUGCUGUCCGAUCAGAUGAGCGCACGAUGGCUUUUCUCUAUUGGGCUGUUUAUGGUUGGCGGCAUCAACGUGGUUUUCUCUCAGUCCUCCUCGGUGGUGGUGUUCUCAGGCCUGUGGUUUCUGAAUGGAUUGGGUCAAGGUCUAGGAUGGCCACCAUGUGCAAAAGUACUACGCAAGUGGUUUGAGCCAUCUCAGUUUGGGACCUGGUGGGCAGUGCUGUCCUGUAGUAUGAAUUUGGCUGGUGGUUUGGGGCCCAUAAUUGCCACAGUGAUGGCCCAAAGCUACAGCUGGAGGUCCACGCUGUCCAUCUCCGGCCUGACCUGUGUGGUCAUGUCCUUCUUUUGUCUGCUCAUUAUCCGAAAUGAGCCCAGUGAAGUCGGCCUGCCUAAUAUUGAAGCUGGUGCAAAGAAAGGCAAAGGAGGUUCCAGCAAAAAUGAAAGCACCUUCAAAGAGUUCAUCUUUUCUCCGUAUCUGUGGGUGUUAUCGUUGGGCUAUCUGGUGGUGUUUGGGGUGAAGACUGCUUACACUGACUGGGGACAACUUUUCCUCAUCCAGGACAUGGGCCAGUCAGCACUAAUGGGCAGUUCCUUUAUGAGUGCCCUGGAGAUGGGAGGACUGCUGGGUAGUUUAGCCGCAGGAUUCCUGUCAGACAGGGCCGUUUCAAAGCAUGGAUUGCGUCUGUAUGGAAACCCUCGCCAUGGGCUCUUGCUCUCCAUGAUGGCUGGGAUGUGUGUCUCCAUGUACCUCUUCCGCACUACUGUCACAGCACACAGCUCAAAUGUCUGGAUUCUUUUGUUGGGUGCUGCUUUUGGCUUUUCCUCCUAUGGACCGAUUGCCUUGUUUGGAGUUCUAGCGAAUGAAAGCGCUCCAUCGAACUACUGUGGAACCUCUCAUGCCAUCGUUGCCCUGAUGGCAAACGUUGGCGGUUUCCUGUCAGGGUUGCCAUUUGGCACCAUUGCUAAACACUAUGGCUGGAACACAGCAUUCUGGGUAGCAGAAGUAGCCUGUACUGUCACCACAGUCGGAUACUUCCUGCUCCGAAAUAUACGCACAAAGAUGGGAAGCCUACCCAAGAAGGAUGACUAAACAGAGUAUUUAAAUGUCUUUUCACUAGUUUUUAAGAUACGGUAUAAAGGGCACAAUGCACAAUUGCUGAAAAUGUCUAGGAUUUAACUUGUGUGUUUAUGAAAAAUAGAUGAAUUCAAUGUGGAUAUCUAUUCCCAAGAUAUUACAUUAUAUUUUUACCAAUGUACAAAAAAAUAGGAUACCAUCAUGUUGUGUCACUUUCAGAAGCACACACAUUGUUAUUUAUUCUGUUCAUUUUGAAUACGGAUAACAGUAUUUUACAUUGUUCCUUUUACUUGCAUUGCAGAACUCACUAAUGAAUUGUUUAAUAAGGCAUGUUAAAGCCAUUUCUUUAGUGACUGCCAUUAAAUCGGUUUGAAUAACAUUUAUUUCUUGUACUUAUCAUCCGUUUCAGAGCUUUAACUGGUCCUACCUCUGGUUCUGUAGUAUUACAAAAUCAUGUAAUGUGUAUGAUGAAAUACGUGACCUAACUGUAAGUUAUAUCACGUGACUGUUCAAUGCACAAUGAAAUGAGUUUAUAUAAAUAAAAGAUUUACAUAUUCAUGA